AUGUUACUUCAAGUUUUAAUUAAAGAUGCUCUGCGAUACAACCGAUCUCCUAUCUCAAACUUAUGUCGUCAUUAUGCAGCUCAUGUACAGCGUCCGGCUCCUGACUUUUGUGGAACGGCAGUGGUGGAUGGCCAAUUUAAAGAAAUAAAACUGAGAGAUUAUGCUGGCAAAUACUUAGUCCUCUUUUUCUAUCCUCUGGAUUUUACUUUUGUGUGUCCAACUGAGUUAACUGCGUUUUCUGAUCGAAUUGAUGAGUUCAAAAAUGAAGGAGUUGAAAUCGUUGGCGUUUCAACUGAUUCACAUUUCAGUCAUCUCGCUUGGAUAAAUACUCCACGUAAAGAAGGUGGUUUGGGCGGUCUACGCUAUCCACUCUUGGCAGACUAUCAAAAACAAAUUACACGUGAUUAUGGGGUCCUUCAAGAAGAGUUAGGUGUUGCCCUUCGCGGCUUAUUUAUCAUUAAUCCUGACGGUAUAGUCCGCCAAAUUACUAUUAACGAUUUUCCUGUUGGAAGAUCUGUUGACGAAGUUUUGAGAUUGGUUAGAGCCUUCCAGUUUACAGAUAAACAUGGUGAAGUUUGCCCAGCAGAUUGGCAACCAAAAGGUCCAACAAUAAAGCCAGAUCUGAAAAAGUACAAGGAGUAUUUUCAUAAGGUUAAUUAA